AUGUAAAAAUAACAUUCUGUAAUUUUAACAAUAGGAGUUCUAUUAUCUUUGUUGUAUUAUUUUAUUUAUUUAUUGUUUAGCUUUAGUUCAAAGUUCGAUAUAAAUGAAGGCACUGUUAAUAUCAAAUUAACAAUAUAAACAAUGUCAUGGAUUUUAAUUUCUAUGAUAUUAGUUCUUAUUUAACAUUUAUAUUCAAGAAGAAAGAUUCCUUCGCAGCCUUAAUCAGAAAUAAUUUAAGAAUAAAUUAAACAAACAGAUUCGCCCAUGCGGCCAAGAAAAGAAGCUGCUUUAAUUGACGAAUAAUUUACAUUAAGCAAGUAAGAUUCUUGUGUUGACAUGGGCGAAUAACUUAAAUUAAGGAUGACUUAAAGUUAUAAAGAUUUUGAUGAAAUUUCUAUAACAUCUAGUUUCAGAAAAAGAUCUAAUUCUAUAGCAAGUGAAGGCAUAUAAAGAAAGGUUUCUUUUGAUGAAAGUUAAAACAAAAUUCAUACUUAUAAGAAGAAUAAUAAAUUAGAAAUCAAAAAUUUUGAAUCUAGUUUUAUAAACAUGAAGUAGGAGAAAAAAAAGAAAAAUGAACUUAUUAAAUAAAAGAGAAAAGAAGAAAAUUUCAAAAAAUUGAAUAUUAAUGAUAUCAAUAAGAAAGGAAGAAAAAGAAAAUCUUCUUUAGAUGAGAAUUUAUCCUAAUCCUCAUAUUGA